AUGGUAACUGUAUUAGUGUCUUGGAUGGGUACCAACAAACUGGACGAGGAAUCGACCGGCAACCUCCUUCUUGCCCUCGAAGCAACUGUUGUGCUGCUGCUAGCAUACGCCGACACAGUGGUGAGUGCCGACGUCAGUGGCCCAACACGUAAUAUUGAAGCAAAUGACACUCACAGCACCAAUAAAUGGGAAGCAUCACCGAGCACUGUACCCAAUACUAUGACUGACAGUGAUUGCAUUGGCAAUAACAGCAGUUCUUUUGUCGCUAAGGGUACUAUAGAAUUAAAUACUGCUCACUACUCCCCACCACAUACCACAAAUUCCAACUUACAGUCGUCAGUUACUAAAGCACGUGUUGCAAAAAAGGCACGUGGAAAAGAUAGUUGGAACAGUCCCAAACGAUGGCGUGCCUCCGACUCAACAGUGGACGGCAAAGAGAGGGGUAAAGUCGCAGCGUUAAACAAAACAGUAAGGGCUGGUUGUGAAGGGAACACCUCCCACGGCUCCAGCCUGAAGAACCGGAUGUCUCGCCCGAGGCUGCGGACGCCGUGGGAAAUCAUGCCACGGACAGGCAACGAACUACGAAUCGUUGGCGGCCUUGCAGCCGAAAUCGAGGAGUUUCCGUACAUCGCAUCGCUGCGCUACCGCGGGUACCACCGUUGUGGCUCCAGCAUAGUGAACAGUUACUGGCUACUCACCGCGGCGCACUGCUUCCUCGAUCUCAGCACAUACCAAGUGACCUACGAUACUGCCAACUACUUAAUCGCAGCUGGUGGGCCGUAUUUGACUAACAAUGAGACCGGUUCCUGCAACAGCUAUGAGGAGUGGCGCGCUGUGGACCUCAUCACGGUACAUCCAGACUUCGACGCGGAGCAGCUGUGGUCUGACCUCGGCAUGGUUCGCCUCGCCAGAGCGCUACCGUUCCGAAGGCAAAUUCAGCCGGCGAAAAUGCCCGAAGCAGAACUGGACUUGAGCAAAGAACUUAGCGAAGGCCGACUGUGCCACGCAGCCGGGUGGGGCUCGACGCGGCCGGUGUUCAGGAUGGACCCCCAGGCACAGACGGAGAAAUGGGUUUACUGCAGGCACGUUGGACGGGUGGUUCUGCUGAAAGUACUGCAAAAAGUAGAGCUGCCUCUCAUCACAAUUGAAAGGUGUAUGGAGCUGUACUACGGAGAGCCCGGCUUGAUGUCAGCGAACGCCAACUUGUGCACACUCUCCACCGAAGUGAAGGACGCCUGCAACGGGGACUCUGGGGGACCGCUCGUCUGCAUGGACUACUUGGUUGGCGUGGUUUCGUGGGGCCGCGGCUGCGCAGGCCCGGCCCACCCGGGUGUGUACGCCCGUGUGGACACCAAUCUGCAGUGGUUGCGCGAGACUAUGGCCGACGUGUCGCGCAACGCCACUUCUGGCUCAGCAGGCGUCACCGCCGCCGUCUUCUGCUGGCUGCCGGCCGCAGCUCCCCACUUUGCCAGCUUCUACGAAUGUCUUGUAUCUGUCCUCCUGCUCUACCGAUUACUCUGUAUAGAUUAUUAA